UGCAACAAGCUAAGAAACUAAUCUAAACUACUAAAAUAUAUAACUAACUUGUAACAAUAAUUAAGCAAAAUCACUAAGAUAGCUGGGCCUUUUAGUGCUACGUCGAGGUGUGUCAGAUGGCUCGAGAUUGGUAGUUGAUGGACACAUGGAGUGGCCGAGUGGGUCUAUCCAAAGGGCCGACGAGGAGCCUAUGGAUCCCAAGAGGGAACUUGAAGAUCGUUGCAAGGCACCAUGCACAAGGCCACUUAAAGAAUAUCAGGCUUGUUCUAAGAGAAUUCAAGGUGAUGAAUCCGGACACAAACACUGUACGGGACAGUACUUUGAUUACUGGCGCUGCGUUGACAAUUGCGUUGCUACCAAGUUAUUUACGCAUCUCAAAUAACUGUUACAAGACCUCAUCGGUGCACUUUACCAGCUUACGCUCGUUUCUAUUGUACCCCUUUUGUUGCGCUCUAGACGCAUGAUUCUUUCCAAGAGCUGGCUGUUCCCUUUUUUGCUAUGCUCUUGGUGUUACUUAGCUGAGAUUGUGAGAUAUGGUUUCUCUUUGGAAUAAAAAUGUACUGGAAUCGAAUUUUAUUGACUCAGCAUGAAAAGGAGGUGUGUUUCUCUCCA